AUGACGACCGAUGCAAGCGGCUCUCCCGGAGGAGACGAUCGUGAACGUCUCAGAUUGCUGCAAAAAAUUGAAUUAGCACGGGAACGAGAUGUCGAAGAGUUCCUAAUGAUGACGCAAGGAUCUGAAAGUCAGAAAGGUGCUGACAAUCCGCAAAUGGCACGCUUGAAGCAGCACUUUGAAAAGAAGAAUAAGCGGCAUACUAAUGAGCUGGAACAACUGCAGAGAAAGCUUGCCACUUAUGAACAACGUCUGGUUGAAAUUGAAAAUGGUAUAGAUUCUGGAAGCAGAACAACUGUUAUGUCAACAGUGGGUCAAGGAAUUAGGUAUGCUUAUGGAAUGACUGAAACCGUUAUGGCUGCACCUCUAGAAUUUGCUCAGCGUCUCAAAAGUACCUUUGGAUCUGCUGACAAUGUUAACGAUCCUAAUGACGGUGCUAACGAACAGGUAUGGCUUGAGGUUGUAGAAGAUUCUGUAGCUUCUUCGCUGUAUUCAAAAUUCAGAUAUACUUCAAGGAAGUCGGAUUCUCUUCCCGCAAAUUCUUCCCUUGUGAAGUCAUCUACUCCAUCAAGGUCUCGAGAUGUUGAUACAUCAGGAUUGACCGAUCCACUGUUAAAAGUCGAAUCUGAAGUGGUAGUUGCUUUUGUGUCGACUAAUUUGUUUUUAUUUAGACUGGAAACAACGAUGAACGAAACAAUUGAACUACAUCAGGCAGAGUUUCAGGCUCUGAAACAGGAACAGAAAGGUAUCGCCAAUCGGCUAGAUUAUCAAUAUAAUGAUCGCUUUAAGAGGGUGGAGGAAAGUGUCGAAUCAGUCGAGAACCAUGUAGAGUUUCUCAAGAUCGUUCUGUACCUUGUUGCGACUGUUCUCGAUUUAUUUCUACCGUUUUUUGGUACAAGGUCUGCUACUUUUUCCGGUUCAGGAAUAAAGCGGGUGUAUUUCUUUGCUGCCUUGUUGCUGUGCUCGUUAUAUGGCAAAAUUUCAAUGUCUACAGUUUCAUUGUCGAGCUGCUUGUGCAGAGAAAUGGUACCGACAUAA